AACUGUCAUACUCAAUUGCCCAAAAAACUCCGACCCCAAAACAGUAAAAAGAACGCCGGCGCCACGGAAAUGGGAAGUAAGAGAAGCGAUCGCCGCAGCCAAAUUUCACCGGCGGCAACGUCUCCGAGAAGUUUCUACAAGAUUAUCCUCCCCUCCGUCAUGCACUGCCAUAGGCUGAGGAUCCCAGAUGAUUUCUCAAAGAUACAUGGGAAUGAACUCUCUACCUCGUCAGGUUCACUGUUCACAGUGGUCAAGUUUGUCGUGUGAGAGUUGAAGAAGCUGAUAAGAUGCUUUGGUUUACCGAUGGUUGGAAAGAAAUCAUUCUAUUGGUUGUGGAUUAUUUGUACUGUUCAACUAUGAAGGGAAUUCGAAGUUCAAGGUACUUAUAUUUGAUUUAACUGCUACUGAGAUUUACAAUCUAUGAAAAACUCUCGGCAUCUAUAAAGAACCAAAUAAAGGAAAGCAGCUUCCAGUCUCCUGUAAGGGAGAAAGGGGAAGCAAUGACACUCUUCAAAAUUUGAGUUGCCAUCCAUCAACGUCAGCACUUGUUUCUUUGGAAAAUGGAAUUCUUGAUUGUUGUUGGGAUCAAAGAAGAACUGAUAAAAGAUGCUGUCAUUCAUUGAUUCAGAAUAUGUAUGAGUUUGCUCCUGAAUUUGCUCUAUGAAUCAACAAGCGUGGAAGAUUUAUUUCUUCCUUGGAGAGCCUGAGAUGUAAUUUUCACUAUUUCACCAGAAAUAAACAAUGUAAAAUGGAAGAUCAUGGGAAGAUAGUUAAAGUAGAUAAAGCAAGUGUAUUGUGGAAAGGCACAGUGAAAGCUAGUGAAAUGCCUAUUUCACAAAGGUCAUCAGUGCAUAAAACUGAAAAAGAGAAGUGGAAUGUGAUGAAGAACGUGGAUAAUUUACCAGCAGCAGUUCCAUUUGCUUGACAUCGUUGGCUUAACAACGGGGGUAGACUAAAGAGCCAUAUCAACAGGGAAGAUAGAGAGGGCCAGCUGCCAGCAUAACCAAUUGGAUUUAGUUUUUGUGCAAGAGGCAACUCGAAAAAGUAAAGAUGGACAGCAGCUAAAGGGAAAGUGUGAAGAGGAAGAAGAAUUGCUUGGUGUAAACGAUUCUAGAACUGAUUCAAUGAUGCGGCCAGUGACAACUGACAACCCAAGAGAGAGAGAGAAGGCAGUUAAUGCCUUCAUGAUGUCCAAGCCGAAUAAUCUGUGCUUUACGAAAAUCAUGCAGCCAUACAUUGUCCACAGGAGUUUUAUUCUGAAUGUGCCAGCCAGCUUUGCAAAGAAGUAUCUGCAUGGGGUUUCAGAUUGUAUUCAACUGGAGGUUUCUUGUGGAAAACAGUGGACAGUCCAUUGCAUUCGAGUGAAGGGUAUUGUGCAAUGCAUAACUAAAGGAUGGAGUCGAUUCUCAAAGGAUAAUAGUUUGGGGGAAGGUGAUGUUUUUGUCUUCGAGAUGAUCCAGGUUGAGGAUGUUGUGCUAAAAGUGUCCAUAUUUCGCACCAGUGAAGAUACCAGGCAAGCUAACCUUCCAAAUUAAAAACGUAAACGAUAGGCAUCCACCAUAGGUGUUUUAGGAUUUUGUUUGCUGGCAUUUUUUGUUCUCAGUCACUAUCUAUCAUGUUGUUCUCAGGCAUCCACCAUGCUGGAAAGUUGCUGCUUUGUUAUGAUGCGGUGACUUUCCAUUUUUGUUUCCGAGUUUUUUUGUUGACAUGAAGAUUUUGAAUGUUCAUGUGUCCCCAAAAGCUUUUACUGCAACUGAAAACCUUGCAUUUCAUGAGUUUUUUCAAUAGACUCAAUUUUAGUGUCAAUGAAUUUAUGUGAUUUGUGAGUGGCUGAACCUUUUCAGUUUUGCCUCCAUUUUUGGAUAUCCUUCAAUGCUCUGCAAUCAACAUGAUAGUCCACACUAAAAAGAAAUGAAGCAGGUCAGUUAUUGAGACUCAACUUUGCUAAUUUGAAGAGGAAAGAGUGAGGACCACAACCUAACACAGGCCAAGGAAUCCUUGACCACAUACUUUAAUUGCACAUCACAUCCUCCUGUCUCUAUCUUAAAACCUGCAAAUGCAAGUAGCUUUAGAAGGGCUUGCAGUGUGACAUUCUCAAUCUGCUCAACCGUGUGUUAUGUUUCUUGCCAUUCACUGUUCCUGAACGUCCACAAAUAGCAAAUGAGGCCACCAUCCUUACACCACCUCUGCCUAACCUUCUUUUCCAACACUGAGUUCACAGCCAAUAAGUCACCAAUUCCCAACUUAUAUAUAUAUAAUAAAUAUACACGUAGAGAUAUAUAUGCGUUCACAUGCACGGCUUAUUAUGGGGGUAUUUAUUAUGCAAAUACAUUUGGUGAUCUGUCUUAGUGCGAAACCAUUAAAUUCAGACAUCGCAAUAUGGCAUUAACAUUACCCUACAUAUAGAUAUAGGCAUGAUUAAUGAGUUUUCCACUUUUUCCCAAUUAAGUGGAAUCAACUCAAUGUUUAUCUCUAUAUUUCAUUCAAUAUAAUUACUUUUCCUUGUUCUGUUAUACCCAAGUAGAAUUGUCUUACUGAUUGGAGAUUGUAAUGAGCUUGCCAUAUUUGUCACCUUAGAUGUAUUGGCCAACCUGGAUGCUUUAUUCAUCUGUUGGUGGGGUUUUUCAAUACCCUAUUUAUCAAUCACCUGUCUGCUUUGCAGCCCUUCUUUCUUAAAUAUGUAUAUAUUUAUUUUUCGCUCUGCAAAAGAAAGAUAUUAUUAAUCCUUGAUUGUGAUACCAGCAGCUAUUAGGAUCAGAAACCAGAGAUUCUGAUAGCCUUCAAAAUCUAAGCUUUGAUUUAACACUGAGUGCAUCUAAACCAGAUAAAGUACAGCAGCAGGCAACAACGAGCAUCAAUAGUGGCAUCCAGCAUCCAGCAUCAAUCGCGGCAUCCAGCAUCAAGUGUAUCACUCCACAGCAGCAGCAUAAGGGCAGGUUCAACAACACAACUUCCAUUGGCUAAGGCUUCAGUAAUAGUAACCAAAAUACCAGAAAACCCUCAGCACACCCACCCACCCAAACACACCCACACCUCUCUCUCUCUCUCUCUCUCUCUCUCUCUCUCACACACACACACACACACACACACACACACUCCCCUGCCACACCCACAGACCUCAUCCCUAACAAGACAAACAGGAUCCCAAACCAGAUCUGUUGUGUGUUUCAGGACAACUAUCAGUGCAGAGCAUUACCAAACCAGAUCUGCACUGAAAUAGGCACAGAAAGAAGACAUCACCAAACCAGAUCUGCACCUUGAGUCAAGUUUGCAUUAUCCAAGAUGGGCCUUAGUUUCUUCAAGGUCUUCAUGCCAUCCAACAGCUCAGAAAGAUUGCUCAUUCCCUUGGAUUUCGUUGCACAAGUCAAAGAAAGAAUACCUAACAAAGCAUUCCUGAGGAAUUGUCAUGGAAAACUUUGGCCCGUAAAGGUAACCAAAGCUGGAAAUCAAUUCCAUUUUAGUGAUGGCUGGCCGAAAUUUGUUGAAGAUAGCUCUUUAGAGCUUGGAGAAUUCCUAGUAUUUAAUUAUGAUGGUGCUAGUGUAUUCUAUGUCAAAAUAUUCGAAAGAACAGGAUGUUUGAAGGAAGUAAUAGGAUCUUCCUACAUAACUGUUAAUGAGGAGGAGGAGGAGGAGGAGGAGGAGGAGGAUGAGGAUGAGGACGAGGACGAGGAUGAGGAUGAGGAUGAGGAUGAGGAUGAGGACGAGGACGAGGAGGAGGAUGAGGAGGAGGACAUGGAGGUUGAGAAAUGCAGCGAGGAACAUGGGGAUGCUGUUGAUGCGCAGGAACUUGAAUCAAGCCCUUUGAGAAGUGGCAAUAAGGGAAAAGUUGCUGUCAAAGUUGAGGAUAAUGAAGAUGUUUUUGAACAUGGGAUAGUCUCCCGACCCAAAAAUCCCUAUUUUGUGACCAAACUUCGACAAAAGAGACGGACUGAACUGUUCAUUCCAACAGAUUUUAUCAGAUUUCAUGAGCUUGAACUUCCUAAAAACCUAAUCAUCCUUGAUGAAGGAGGGAGGAAAUUGUCCUCAAAUGUUAUAAGGUGGAAUGAUGGCCGGACAUGGCUUACUAAAGGGUGGAAAGCAUUUUGCAAGUGGAACAAUCUCAAGCGGGAGGACCGGUGCAUUUGCGAAUUCGUGCACAGAGAGGGCAGCAAGGGAAUUUACUUAAAGAUGCGCAUUCUCCGAGAAGGUUCGUGGUUGCCAAAAGGAGGGAGCCAACCAGAGAUCGGGCCAAGUAGUUAAGAAACAUUUAAGGUAACAGCUAAACAACGGGCUAUUUGGUAUCAGGAGAUCAGCUGUAAAUCUACAAAUCCGUAGGUUGUGGAACAUUUCUUGUAACAUUCUCCGUUAGGAAAAUGAUGUUUUGAUUGGGUGUUGUUGGGCUAGUGGGUUAUAGGGAGUUGGGGUCUUGGUUGGUUGUUCUUCUAGCUACUGCUAGUAGGUUCUGUUGGGUUUGUUUAGCUUUGGGCUAGUUUGUGCUUUGGCUUUGCUUGUAUUCGGUUUUCAGGGGUAUGCCCCGGUGUGUUGUUACCCUGCUUUUGUUCUACAAAAUAUUUACCUUACCCACCCAACCCCCAGCCCCCGCCACCCACACACCCUCCCCCCCCCCCCACACACACACACAAAAAAAAAAAAAAAGGGGGGCUAGUUGGUUUAUGUGAUCUCUGAUCAUGGAUACUUCUUGUAGUAUGAGUUUGGAAUGGGAUUUCAUUAGAUGGGUUUCCUA